CGUGCAGCUGUUACAACCAGGCACUGUGUAUUUCCAGAUUGUGAGAAUGUUGAACGGUUAUUGGUACCAACACUGUUAAAAGAAGAGGUUUUAAAACGCUUCAGAAUUUAUAUUCCACAAAAUGCACGAAUAUGUAAUUUUCAUUUGUAUAAUGAUUUUUGGGAUCAAUUACAAGUAAACUAUUCAGAUUUUACUGGUACUCAGAUGGACAACUUGCUAGAUAUGAUGGAAAGAAUUUCAAAUAGAGACAUAGAUUUCAGUAAUGUUAAUAUGAUACCAUCUCAUUUGUGUCAUUAUUGGCUUGGCCUAAAUGCAACUCAGUUUUAUGAUUUAUUAAAUAGUAUAUCACAAUUACACGAAGAGGUCCCAGAUGCAAGUGUAGCAUUAUGUAUAUAUUUAACCAAGUUAAGAAGUGGGGACAGCAAUGAGAGAUUGAGUGGAUUGUUCAAUAUGCCAAGAAGUACACUGGAACGCUACAUGAAUAAAACAAGAGUUAUCUUGACUGAACAACUUGUGCCUCUUUAUUUGGGCCUAAGUCAUAUGACUAUUCAAGAUGUUGCACAGAGGAAUACAUUAUUACCAGAAGGUUUUUAUGGAAAUACCUCAAUGCCCGUUGAAACAAAGCCUGCAAUCACGAUUUGUGAUGCUACUUAUGUAUAUGUGCAAAGUAGCAGUAAUUACUUAUUCCAAAAGCAGACAUAUAGCUUACAUAAAAAUACCAAUUUAAUGAAACCAUUCAUGAUGGUAUGUUGUGACGGACAUAUUUUAGACUGCUUGGGGCCUUACAAAGCUACAAUGAAUGAUGCCACUAUUAUGAGUAAGGAAUUUAAUAGGUCAGAUGGUGCUAUGCAGUCAUAUUUCCGACGCGGAGAUGUGUUUAUACUUGACAGAGGAUUCAGGGAUGUAGUCAAUGAGUUACACGGCUAUGGCUAUGAUACUCACAUGCCUGAAUCCUUAUUAGAAGGCCACCGCCAAUUAACAACUGAACAAGCAAAUCGGUCUAGAUGUGUCACAAUGUGCAGAUGGGUGGUUGAAAUUGUAAAUGGUCGUUUAAAGCGUGACUAUAAAUUAUUCAGGCAGGAAUUUACUAAUAGAUCUGCCAGGCAUCUGAUGGCCGAUUUUAGAAUAGGUUGUACUUUAAUUAAUAAGUUUCAUCCUGUUAUUGAGGACAAAGAAGAAUAUUUUGAAUAUUUGGAACUAGCGAGGCAACGAUUUAGUAUGCCAAAUCAUUUGGCGGGCGUAGUGGAAGCUCAGAAUUUAAAUAGACGAUAUUCGGCUUUCAGAAAUAUCGAUGAGGACCACCCUGAACUGAAUGACUUUCCGAGGUUAACGAUAGAUGAUUUGAAGAGGUUGGCUGUCGGAACGUACCAAUUGAAACAGGCACAAGGUAACGAAGAAUCUUAUACGUCGAUGCCUCUGGAAAAUUUUUCUUCACCUUCAAGCGAUAUUCAGGCCAUAUUACAUCUUAUUCCACAAGAUGCACAGAGUUUUUAUAACGGUCUCAUUAGUGAUGAUGCAAUAGAAGACCACAUAGACACGGUGGAUUUUGAAAUCCAAUUUGAUGACAACGUCGAAUAA